AUGUACAGAAUAGACAGCCCGCAGUCACGCCUGUCUCUGCUUGUGUUUUGGGUUGGCCUUGCACAGGACAUACAGUCUGCCCUUGCGUCUGGCCAUGUAGCAUUCCGAGCAGAAUUUCUUGACCGACGUGCGCACCUUGUACGUUCUGACGAGGCCGGCGACGCCUGCAAACAGCGGCCGUGCGUUUCUGAGACCGAUGGCCAGUUUCGAGAGCAUAGACCACUCCAACAAGGUCGUCACCGCGCUGCUCUUCGACGACGCGCACGAGCUGCUCUGGCUCGGCGACUCGCACGGGUACGUGUACUCGUACGAGGGCCUCAAGCUGGCGCUGUACUGCUCGUUCCGCGCGCACAGACUGCCUGUGCUGCAGCUCCUCAACCACAAGAAGGGCCUUGUGUCGCUCGCGGCCGACGGCGUCCGGUUCGGCACAAAACAGGGCCUGACAAAGUACACCGUGGCGGCGCCGCCCGACGUGCAGUUCUCGUCCAUGGCGUACACGUCCAACACGCAGACGGAGCUGCUCGUGGGCACGAGCGCCAACCUGCUGCGCAUCGACCUCACCAGGGGCGCGGUGUCCGGCCGGCUCGAGUACGCCCAUCCCGUGCAGUACAUGCAGUCGAACCUGCGGUGCGUGGUGCUGGGGCGCGCGGACGGCGCGGUCGACGUGAUGGACCCGAAGACGUGCGAGGUGCUCAAGUCGUGGAAGGCGCACUCGGCAGCGCUCUCGUCGAUCGCCGUCAGAGACAACGUGCUGGUCACGUGCGGCUACUCGGUGCGCAAGGACCAGUACGUGCUGGACCCGCUGGUGAACGUGUUCGACCUGCGCAAAAUGAGCCUCGCGCUGCCGGUGGCGUUCCCUGCGGGCGCUCUGCAGGUGCACCUGCACCCGAAGCUGCCGAACGUGGCGGUGAUCCUGUCGAGCAUGGGCCAGAUCAACUUCAUCGACGUUUUCGACCCCUCGCGCAUCCACCUGUACCAGGCGGACGUGAGCGCGUUUGUGACGCUGUCGGACGUGUCGUCGACGGGCGAGUGUCUGGCCUUUGUCGACGCGCUGCAGACGGUGCACCUGUGGACGGACCAGCUGCUGCGGCCGCCCAGCUUCGCGGUGCUCUCGCAGGAGCCCGUGCGCGCGGCGCUGGACGCAGAGCCCGUGCCGCGCGAGAACGCGCUCUCGUUCGAGUCCGACGCGCCGUUCAACCUGCUCAAGCUGCCGCGCUACGAGUCGAUGCUGCUGUCGGCGUGGCCGGCCGACAUGAAGUUCGAGGUCGGCAAGCUGCCGCGCCCGAUCGAGCCCGAGAUCCUGCGCGACAAAAACACCAUCAACGGCUUCGCCAUCGCGCGCUACGACGCGCGCAAGUACGGCCCGCGCAACCGCGCCGCGCGCCACGAGCUGCUCACCGCGCGCAGAGACAACGACGCGCUGUUCCCCAAGUUUCUGAGCGAGCGCGAGGACGACUACGACGAAAACGAGGACAGGAUCCGCGCGACGCGCGAGAUGAUGGCCAACGCGUUCGUGUGCACGCCCACGGGCAGCGACGUGCCCAACGCGUUCAAAAAGACAGACAUCCUGUACAGCAAGUUCGGCGUCGACGACUUCGACUUCACGUUCUACAACGCGACGCAGUUCUCCGGCCUCGAGUCCCACGUCGACAACUCGUACACCAACGCGGUGCUGCAGCUGUACCGCUUCACGCCCGCGCUGUUCAACUUUGUCGUGCGCACGCUCGCCGAGGACGUCCAGUACGACGACUGCAUCCUGGCCGAGCUCGGGUACCUCAUGGACAUGCUGGUCAAGGCGAACGGACGCAACGUGGUGGCCGCCAACUUCCAGAAACUGUUCAGCUCGCUGCCGCAGCCGCGCCAGCUGGGGCUGCUCAGCGCGGACGGCCGCGCACGUGA